CUCCCCUCUCUGCCUUCUUAUACGGGUGAGAAGCACGAGCCUCAACCCUGAGCUGCACCGCUGCGAAGCGUCACCCACCCAGCCCAGCCAGCUGCGCGCCAAGCUGCAACUCUCCUAGACCGUAGCAGCUUGGAAGCACCCCUGCCGCAGGCAUGGAGAAAACUUCUACAGAUACACUUCCUCUUACCAUGAUUUCUUCAGAAGAGCGGGAGACGAUAUGUAUUUUUGGAACAGGAGAUUUGGGAAGAUCGCUGGGACUUAGAAUGCUCCAGUGCGGUUAUUCUAUUGUUUUCGGAAGUCGAACCCCCAGGAUGUCCAGUCUGUUGCCCAAAGGCGCAGACGUCUUGAGCUAUUCAGAAGCGGCUCAGAAAUCUGACACCAUAAUCAUAGCUAUCCACAGGGAACAUUAUGAUUUUCUCACAGCACUGACUGAGGUUCUCCAGGGGAAAAUAUUGGUCGAUGUCAGCAACAACCUCAAAGUCAAUCAAUACCCAGAAUCCAAUGCAGAGUACCUUGCUCAGCUGGUGCCGGGAGCCCAUGUAGUGAAGGCAUUUAACACCCUCUCCGCCUGGGCUCUCCAGUCAGGGGCACUGGAUGCAAGUCGGCAGGUGUUUGUUUGUGGAAAUGACAGCAAAGCCAAGCAGAAAGUGAUGGACAUAGCUCAUACUCUUGGGCUGACUCCGCUGGAUCAAGGAGCCCUCAGGGCAGCCAAGGAAAUUGAGAACUACCCCCUGCAACUGUUUCCAAUGUGGAAGGUCCCCUUCUACUUGUCUGCUUGUCUGUGUGUCUUCUUUUUUGUUUACUGUGUUAUCAGAGAAGUAAUCUACUCUUAUGUUAAUGACAAUAAGGACAUCACAUUUCGCAUGGCUAUUUCCAUUCCAAAUCGCGUCUGUCCAGUAGUGGCGCUGAUACUGCUUGCGGUGGUUUACCUCCCUGGUGUGAUCGCUGCCAUCCUGCAACUGUACCGAGGAACCAAGUACCGCCGCUUCCCAGACUGGCUGGACCGCUGGAUGCUCUGCAGGAAGCAGCUUGGCUUGCUAGGACUGGGAUUUGCCUUCCUUCAUGUCCUCUACACACUUGUGAUUCCGAUCCGUUACUAUGUACGAUGGAGGUUGGGAAACGCAACUGCUACCCAGGCAAUAACCAAGAAAGAAAAUCCAUUUAGCACCUCUAUGGCCUGGCUUAAUGAUUCAUAUAUAUCUUUGGGAAUCCUUGGAUUUUUCUUUUUUGUCCUCUUGGGGAUCACUUCCUUGCCAUCAGUUAGCAACACGGUCAACUGGAGAGAGUUCCGAUUUGUCCAGUCCAAACUAGGUUACCUGACCCUGAUCUUGUGCACGGCUCACACCCUGAUAUACGGUGGAAAGAGAUUCCUCAGUCCUUCGAGUCUCAGGUGGUAUCUUCCUUCAAUUCACAUAAUAGCACUCAUCAUUCCUUGCACCGUGCUGGUGAUCAAGUUCAUCCUCAUCCUGCCUUGCAUAGACAAGGUCCUCACACGGAUCCGACAAGGAUGGGAAAGGAGCUCGAAAUCCUCGGAAUCAGCAGUGAAUGGAAAAACAGAUAUUUAAAUCAAUGUUCAAUUCACCCAGAGUCUUUAGAGAUGAACAAUGGGUUUAGCCAAGAAAGCAUUUUUCUCCCAUGUUGGGAACCACCCUGCCUGGUUUCAGAAGCUGUGACCCCCUCAUGGCGAAGGCCAAGCGAGCGACCUUCAAACCAUAAGCCACUAAGGAGACAAAGCUUAUCUCCCUGGCUGGGGUGCCGCCUCUGCUCCUUUUACUUCACCCUGCCUGGCCACCAGUGCUUGAUUGGUUAGCCAAUGAUGGGUAAAAUUUCCCA